AUGGGGAACAUCGCCUGUGUCCCGCAGGCUCCCGGCGGCUUCAGGAGCUCCUUCCGAAGGAAACCCUCGCUGAAGAAGGAACAAAAUGGCAAGAAAAAGCUUCCCAGCUUUUUUGGGAUAGACGGAGACCAGGAGAGGGACACGAGCACGGACAAAAUCCUGCAGUAUAUUCCGGCCAAGAUCAUUCAGAAGCAGGAAGACCAGAAGGAAAACUUGGACCAGAGGUUCCCCAGCCUGUUCAAGAAAGGCCGGAGGAAAACGGUCGUCAGGAAUUUGGGCAAAAUGAUUUAUUACUCCAAGGUCAAGUUUAAGUUCCAGCACUGCCAGGAGGUCAACAGCUGCUUCCUGGAGCUGUUCCAGUCCUACCUGUACUUCCAGUCCACGGGUCCCAACGGCCUCACCUACCAGGGGCUGCUGCCUCUGAAGGAGCUGGAGGUGCGUGAGCUGGCGGCUGGGCAGAGCCCCGGGCAGCAGGAGCACGCUUUCCACAUCUCAGGGCCCCUGCUGAACCCGCUGGUGGUGUUCUGCCCGUCCGAGGCCGAGCUGAAGCAGUGGCUCUACCACCUGGAGAAGCAGAUCCAGCUCUGCGGAGGGAACCUGGCCUUGCCCCUGCUGGCCCAGGUGAGCGGCGCCGGCGGCAAGGAGCAGCUGCGCUGGUCCGUGCAGAACCUGCCCGUGCGGGAGUGGAGAGGGACCCAGCGGGAAUCCCUGGGAGAAAUCCUCUGCAUCUCCAAGGUGAAGCUCCAGCACCUGCCCUUCCAGGAGCAGCACGACCGGCUGCUGGUGCUCUACCCCUCCACGCUGGUGAUCGUGUCCGAGGAGCCCACCGGCCUCUGCUUCAAGGGAGAGCUCCCACUCAACGCCAUCCAGGUGCUCUUUGAGGAGAACGACAAAACCUCCUUUUUGAUCGAAGGCCGGCUGAUCAACUCCAUCCGGGUGACCUGUGCCACCUACCAGGACUACCAGGAGUGGCUCUACUGCCUCAAAACCGCCCAGUUCCGAAACGCAGACUCCUCCCUCUCGGGGUCUGAGAGCUUCUCGGGGUCCAAGCCCCCACACCCCGGCCAGUUCACCAGCAGUGGGAGGGGAUCCCUCAGCUCCGAUGGCCGCACGAACUCCUGGGCGUCCGGAGGGAGAGUGACCACGCUGACCCAGCUGUCCCAGACCAGCGGCUCCCUGCCCGACGGCCACUCCUUCCUGCUGACCCCCGAGGGCCGGCUGCUCGAGGAGCCCCUGUCCCCCGGCUAUUCCCAGCCUCUGCACAGCCUGGCACUGCCCGCCUGGCCCGGCUCGGCGCCGCCCGCGCAGGAGCUGCGCCGGGGGAACAGCGCCAGGAAAUCCAAGGGCAGGAGCAGCGGGCAGCAGGAGCCCGAGAGGAGCGGCCUGGUGCCCCAGAACCCCAAAGCAGAGACGCAGUCCCCGGUGUACCACGAGCCCUACGCAGCACACGGCUGCCAGCAGCAGCCCCCGGCACAGCUGGACACGGGCAGGUUCCUGCAGUGCCACGGGCACACGGCGCCAUCCCCGUGUCCCCAGCCCCUGUCCCCGGAGCGGUGGCACUGCCAGCCCCUGCCAGGGCAGGGCAGGGAGGUGCCCACGGGCCCCGCUUACGACACCCCGGGCACCCCGCGGCGGCUCCAGCUGCGGGCACCGGCACAGGGCUCCUACCUCGGGGAGAUCUCCUCCCUGCCAGAGGAGCAGCCGGGCCCUUCGCUGCACGCCCCAGGUGGGAGCCUUGGCACCUACCGGGUGACAGACGCCGCCGGCCCCUGCCGCGACUCCGCGUCCUACCACGACUACGCCGAGCUCCAGAGCUUCCAGAGCGACCUCAGCUACGACAACCUGUGGGAGGCCGAGGAGAAGGAGCUGGGCAGCCCCUGCAGCUCCCCUUCUCCUGUCCAGCAGGUUUUCCAGGUCUAG